GGGAUUUAAAACACUCCUUGGGGAGGCUUCCAAGCUCCCAGCUCACCACCAGCCUGCCCGUGGUCACCAUGUGGUUCCUGGUUCUGUGCCUUGCCCUGUCCCUGGCGGGGACUGGUGCCGCACCCCCUGUUCAGUCCCGGAUCAUAGGCGGCUGGGAUUGUACGAAGAAUUCUCAACCGUGGCAGGCAGCUCUGUACCAUUACAGCAAGUUCCAGUGUGGGGGUGUCCUGGUGCACCCAGAGUGGGUGCUCACCGCUGCCCACUGCAUAAACGACAAUUACCAGCUCUGGCUGGGUCGCUACAACCUGUUCGAGCAUGAAGACACGGCCCAGUUUGUCCAGAUCAGGGAGAGCUUCCCUCACCCUGAAUUCAACCUGAGUUUCCUGAAGAACCAUACCCGCCUCCCAGAAGAGGACUACAGCCAUGACAUCAUGCUGCUGCGCCUCGCAGAGCCCGCUCAGAUUACGGAUGCUGUGAGGGUCCUGGACCUGCCCACCCAGGAACCCCAAGUGGGGAGCACCUGCUGUGCCUCUGGCUGGGGCAGCAUCGAACCCGAUAAGUUGAGUCUCCCAGAUACCCUGCAUUGUGCCAACAUCAGUGUUAUCCCGGCCGCCUCUUGUAACAAGGACUACCCAGGGCGCCUGGUGGCCUCUAUGCUGUGUGCAGGAGCAGAGGGUGGAGGCACCGAGUCCUGUGAGGGUGACUCCGGGGGGCCCCUGGUCUGUAGGGGAGUCCUGCAGGGCAUUGUGUCCUGGGGUGACGUCCCCUGUGACACUACCACCAAGCCUGGGGUCUAUACCAAAGUCUGCAGCUACUUGGAGUGGAUCAAGGAAACCAUGAAGAGGAACUAACUAUUUGGGCCUGACACUGUGUCUCUGGCUGAGCACAAGCUCCCACAGCUGGCCAACAACCCCAUCCUGACCUGGGACAGAAGGGACAGAAUCAAGCCAUCCCUCAAGACCUCAUUUGUCCAAGGCCCACAUGUUAGGGCUUGUCCCGUCUUAGGCCAGAGCCGGUGCUCAAGGUCACCUGUUGAAACACUGAGAUAACAAGAGUGCUGAUGCAAGUUUCUCUGUA